AUGCCUGUCGUAGAAUCAUUUUCGUUUUGUGACCAUCUGCGCAAAAACACCUCGGGUAUGGCUAGUGCUCAGCUUGAAUUCAGUCACUGGCAGCUGAUUGAUGAGGAUCCGUACUGGCAACCAUCUACUCUCGAGGAAAUGGAGGAGUUCGGUGUGAAAGGCGAUUCACCAAAUCAUGCACGCGGUUAUAUGGAUGCUGUGCGACGAAGGAAAGGUUUGCCAACGGACGACGUUAUCGUAGUUUCUGCAGAAAAACAAAGGAAUUUAAAAAAGAACAAGUAG